AUGAUCGACAACGCCCUGUAUGGGUUCACUCGGAUCCCGAAAAUGGCAGGUGCUCUGGUGCGUCUGGAUGUAUUCGAGGCCGGAGAACCUGAAGAUCCGGCCAAAUCGUCGGUGUUAGGACGCAGUUCCUAUAUCGACGACAUCUUAGUGCCAGCGGAUAACUGGGAUAAGCUAUGUGACCGAGUCGAAGAUCUUCUGGAGGCGUACGACAAAUGGAACUUGUCAAAAAGCGUUGUCAAAAGUUUCUGGGGGCAUGCCCAAGAAUAUCUUGGUCACAAGGUAUCGCACGACGGACUGGAGGCGAAUCCGAAGGAUCUGUCGGCUUUGACGGAUCUCGGACUUCCCGGAUCCCUGCGUGCCAUGCAAUAUGUUUUGGACAGCCUGAAGUAUUAUAGUCGCUUCAUCGAGGAUUAUGCGAUCUACACGUCUGUGCUAUAUGAGUUAGAGGGAGAUCGACUAUGCUGCGAUGGAGAAGGGCAUGAAUCGAAGCCCGGCGCUAGCGAUCCGAUGCCUGAUUACGUGAAGGCGUCGAACCCCGAGAAGGACAAUCUUGCAGAUUUGGAUCCCCGGUGGAUCCAUGCUCACAGAUCGCUCAAGGUGCUAAAGGAGAAGAUCGCGAAGACGCCGAUCCUACGUCACUUCGAUCCGGAUCGACAAGCUGUGGUGGUUGUAUAUGCGAUCUCCGGUGCAUUGAUGCAAGAGUAUGACCAGAUCUACUAUCCAGUGAUGUUCGCGAGCCGUACGUUGAAGUCCAACGAAUCGAAUUACGGGAUCGCGGAGAAAUGGGUGUUGGCAUUGUUGCGGAUCCUGGAUCUCAACUAUAAUACUUUAGUCGGGAGACCAAUCCGAGUGCUGACACGACACUCAACACUGGCUUGGUUAUUUAGAUUCAAUGAAUUACAUGGUCGUCUGGGACAGUGGGCCAGGCUGCUUGCACCCUGGAUCCUAGAGAUCGUCAAGUGUAACAAGGUCGAGGAUGAGAUCCUGAGGACAUUAGCAGCCUGUAUCACUCCCAGAUCCGAAGUCGGCAAAGCGCUGAUCUCGAUCACCACGAAGAAGGAACCGAGACGCAAGAUCCAGGCCCCGAUUCCGACCGUGAGAUCGGAUGAGGAUCUGUAUGUCGCUAGCUUCGACGGAUCCGCCCGUGUCAAGCGAGGUGAAGGCGCCGACAGCGCGAUCCUGUGGAAACUACCCGAGUGGAUGGUGGUGAAAGCCCGAUCCGGUUAUGCCGAGGGUCUGACUGUCAAUGAGGCCGAAUAUGACGGCUUUUUGUUAUGUCUCGAUUUGCUGGAAGGAACGAAUCCGCUACGAUUGGUAAUCUGUGGCGACUCAAACCUGGUGAUCCGCCAAGUUAGAGGCGAGAUCGACUGCAAGGCGCCUGGAUUAACGUUGUUAAGACAAAAGGCGUUGGACAGAUUGUGA